CAGCUGCUCCUUGUAAUAAUAAUCUCCGUGCAUUAGUGUACAUGCUCAUAUGCUGCGGCUGCUGCUGCUGCUCAGCCCUCCAUCUGUAGCGUAACAACGACGACGAAGUCUCGGCCACGACUAGCGAUCGUAGUAACCGCCAGCUGCGGUCGUGCCGCGCGUUUGCCAAGGGUUUCCGUGUCAGUUCGAAACAAGACGCGCUGCCGUGCGGACGUGUAUCUCAGCGUUCCGCCGUUGCUGCUGCUGCCGUUUGUUGUUGGUGUGUUCUUGUGAGUGCUCGAGUGCAACGACAAAAACGCUUACACUAACCAGUGCAUUCGAACCGUUUGGGGCACCAGGGAACCACCGGUGAGUGUGCAGCGGUCGUGCGCGAGUGCAUCCGAACGAACGAGAGCGUGUGUGUAUGUGUUCUGUGUGCAUCCGUGAGGGCUCUCCGUAGCUAGUACACCGGCUACCCGGCAAGGAGCACUCAAACGAGACGAAACGGUGGGCAAAAAUGAGCAACAUUACGAGAAGUGCUUAAUGAAGCGUGCAUUAACAGCAUCGACCACUUUCUUCUGCUACGUCGGCACGGACAGUGGAAGGGCGCAGUAGGGCUCAAAGUGGCAGAACCAUAGCACAACCUACCUACCGGAAAGAAACUCAAUUUCAGCCUGUGUGUUUGUAGUUGUGAUAGUGAGAAUGGUGCAGGUACCACGGUUUCAAGUAGUGUUGCCUUUGCUUUUGAUGUGCCGCGUCGAGCUUCAUCCCAGCGGUGGUGAAAUUAUGAUCAUGUAGAACGACAGCUGUGCCGAGAGAAAAUGAAUUUCUUCAGGGAAGGCGUACCAGUACGGAAAAGACAUCAACCAUAAUCGACAUAUUAGGGAGCGUAUGCCCGCAGUGAAAGUUGAGAAGGUAAAGUGUAGCAAAAGAAAAACUAUAACGUCAGCAAAAUAGCACAAACAACGUUGACAAAACGAGCACCAUAAAACCAAUAGGCCGUGGUGGUGCUAGUGUGGCCAAUAUUGGUUUUUAUUCAAUCGAACGGACUGGUCCAGGAGCAGAGCAGCACCAGCCUCUCUCAGCUGGUUUAACGUAGCAACGUAGAACAACCACAACCGGAAGUUUUUGCCUGGCAAGUGUAAGCGCAUGCACUACUUUGAGUUGGAACACAGUUGGCAAUUGGAAACCACCAGUCGUUCGCCAUGCUCCGUCGGGGCCAGGAAUGUACGUAAUAUUUCCGGCGGAUGAACUCAUAUUGUUGACAUACGGAAUUGCCGUACCGAGAGUACCGCCCAGACCAACUCUGGACAACCUGAGGGAGCCGCUUGUGCCCACAGGCAGUAGGCCUUCAUCCACCACCACCACCACCACCACUUCCAAAAACACCACCACCGUCACCACCUCUUCCACAUCCAACACCACCUCCUCCAAGCACCCAUCCAAGUCAUCCAAAAGCACUGCCACCAAAGCGAACACACCCGCCAACACAAAAAAGGCCAACGAUUCGUCGAAAACAGGCCCCAGCACUGCUGCCAUCGCUGCUACCACCACGACUGCUACCACGUCUGCCGCCAGCAACCGACGCCAGGAGUCAGGCGAGUCGUACGAGUUGGACGGCCCGUGCGGUACCACCGCCCUAGCAGACGCCAGCGAGCUGGCCACCUUCGCCGACGAUGCAGGCCCUCGUAACGGCAUCCCCACAGCGGCGGCCGGUGGCCCCCUAGGGGCCGGGAGAGGAGGUGCUGCCGCCACCGCCGCAUCGCCCCGGGGAGGCCCCGGCAAGGAGCCAGCGGCGGCGGGGGCCCCAAAGUCCAAAUCGAAGCUGCAGCUCAAGCUGGGCCGGCUGCGACCACAUUCCUCGAUCGAGCAGAGCGAGACGGCCUCGCGCGUCCGCGAGGACCUGCACAUACACGUGUCGAAUCCGGUCUUUACGCGCGACAAUCUGCGCCAGCGCAACUUCGAUGCCUUCUUCGAGUCGGGCGAGCAGGUGUACUCGCUCGAGGUGCGCGAGAAGCCCACGCCCCGGUCGCUCGAUGCGCUCGGCUCGAGCGGCUCCGAUCCGGGGCUGGCCGAGGCCGACGGCGGGCUGCGGGCAGCGGCCGCCGGCGGGUACGACCAGCGCCCCAGCUCGCUAGGGUUCUUCCGGAAGCCCAAGUCGCCGCUUAGCAUACGUUCCAAGAGUGCAGAGCAUGAGUUCGCCGACGCUGAGACGUCCCAGAAAGAAUCAUCAAAAAGCCAUCGACAUAACAUAUUUAGCAAGCGUGGAGCGACGCCGAGUGCGGGCCCCGCGUUUCAGUCACUCGGAGGAAGCAUGUCCACCUCCGGGGGCGGAGGAGUGCUCAAGGAUCUGGGCCACCCGGGCCUGAAUGAAGCGCUCAAGUCACACAACGGUGUAACGUUUAAGCUAGUCAAAACAGUUUCGGAUUUCAGCGAGACCUUGGCGCAACUUUACGAGCAGCAUGCCGAGGCACUGCAAGUGUUGGUUUCGAACUACCGCAAACGGAACAGCGAACUGCGAAAGGAACGACCGGCCUGUCAGUCGAACCUGUUUGCGGCCUGGGAAACGCUGCUGCAGGAAAUCGAAGCGGACUCACAGGCAACAAUCGACGUGGCCAGCACGCUCUCCAGACAGGUCGCUCGUCCACUGCUGGAACGCUCGUUCUAUCGCAAGGUCCAGAGCAGGAAAGUAUUUACACACCGGGAAUCGUUCGAUACAAUCAUUUCCAAGACUGAAGAGAAACUAUCCAAGUGCCGAAUCGAAUACAAACAAUGCUACAUCGCUCACCGUCAAAGCCCAACGCAGCACACGCUGACGCAGUACAUCGACUCGCACAAUGCGUACGUGCAGCAGCUGCAUGCGACCAAUGCGAUGCUCGAGGCGUACCACUGCGAAACGUUGCCCCAGCUGAUGCAAGAGCUCGAGGAGAUCUACAACGACCUGUGCAAUAUCGUGUCGGAAGCUGUGCUGCAGGGUGCCGAAGCCAUCGCCGCCAAGGCAGCCGAACAGGCGAAACGCUACGAUGGGCUGGCAGUGCAGUGCAAGAACGUUUCGCCGGCACUCGAUCUUGGAUACUUCGUCCGCACGCUUCCGGUGCCGCAGAACAACCAGCGAAUUCCACGAAAGGCAUUUGCACCACCGCAGUCAGCAAAUGCGCCCACCGACGUUGGAGCUGACGAUUAUCCGGACUAUGGCGGGGAUCCCAUGCUGCCGGUGUUCAAGGAUGAGCUCGUCGUCGACCGCGGUGCAACGAUCCAGGUGCGGCCCUCGCUGGAAGCGCUGAGACGAGAGUCGCAGGAAUUAGAAAUUCAAAUCAAACAACUACAGGAUUCUGUAGACGCUUUAGUUCGUACACAGAUCAGAGGCAUCGAGGGCCAGCUGUACAGUAAGGCGAACGAGAUCCAGGAGGAUAUCUCGAUGAAAAAAUUCGACGUACGGGCCAAACAGAUCCAUCUUGCAGCGGUUCGCGCCCAGAAAGAAUUAUUUUUGGGUAGAAUAGAUCCUGGUUCACCUCGCGGUGAACGUAAAAUGUCUUCUUCUAGUUCUUCCUCAAUGAAGACUAAGUGGCUAAAAGCGUUCCGUAGCCUGAAACCGGCAGGUUCGGCGAACGAUAGUACCAAAACCAAUCAAAUGUACCAUGCAGUGUCUACGGUGUUGACUAUGAGGAAGAGCGGUAAUGGAGCACAAAUCCGCUUCGAUGGCACCGAUAAUCACAAUCUACAGGAGUACACCUACAAAAAGAUCACACCGUGCGACGUUUGCUCGCAAGUGCUACGAGGACACACCCGCCAGGGCCUACGGUGCCGCAUAUGCAAGGUGAACGUGCACGCUGACUGUGCUUCGCAGCUGCCAAAGUGUCAGGUAAAGCAGAAGCUGCUCCGCCGCCAGAAGAGCACCUCGGAAAUCGAGAACCGUGCCACCGAAGUCGAGGAAGAAAAACCAACCGAUGUCGAUCAGAUAUAUCAGGUCCUUAAGCAGGCGGGCGAAAUUUCCAGCGGCAAAAUUGUUGUCGAUCCGUCAAAGGGCCCAGGACCGAUCGGGUCGGUAGCAGCCGCCGCAGCUGCCGCCGCCGCCGCCGCCGGACACAACCAAACCGUCUCGAACCCUCCGCUAGACAUUCCCGUAGUGAAAGUGCCUGAGUAUCCGGACCGAGCGCCAUGGCGGGGACCAGUCAAAUCUCAGGGGCCAAAUUAUCCACACCAGAAACAGGGACUGACUGCACCCGUUGCAACGGACAUGUCAUGCUCAGAUAUGCGCGUACCCACGAACCCAAACACGCACCAGGCGGCGGCCAUCGAUUCCGGUGCCAGGCGUCGACUGUUUGCAGGCUUCCGACCCAUGUCCGGCUUCGGCAUAUUGCGGCUACGAUCGGCACAGCAUCGAUCGAUCUCGCUACCUGAAACACCGCAUUCACCUCGACGCCAAAAGCUGAACCUUAGAAUGAAAUCACUCAGCUUGGACUCACCAGAAUCGUCCGAAUUGCAUGGGCAAAUACGACGGCGACUUCCGGGACCGACCGGUCACGGUGGCCACGGCGGUUCUGGGGGUCACUUAGAACACAGCACGCCGCCAUCUAACAAUAGUAGGUUACACUCACCGUCGAGCCCAUCGGGUACGCAGAGAAAAUUCCUGUACGCUACGCGUGGCAUGAAGACCGGUUCCGUCGAUCUGCCGGACGAGAUCGAAAAAAGCCUUUCCUCGGCCAGCACCUCUCCCUGCCCGUCGCCGGUUCGUCAAAAUCAGAAAUCUCAUCGUCUCCUACCAACAAACCUCUACGUUGUUUUGUACAACUUCAAGUCCCGGCAUCAGGAUGAAUUGGAUCUGAAAGCAGGAUACAAGGUCACUGUGAUCGAUACAUCCGAUCCGGAUUGGUGGAAGGGAAAGUGUCUCGGGAAGGUUGGCUACUUUCCUUCGAAAUACUGCGCCAAGCUGGCUGCAUCGGAGAAGCCGCUGCAAGUAACACACAACCUACAGGUGACGGAUAACGAACGGGGAGACGGUACGCUAACAUUGCUGCGUGAUCAGAUCGUUAUUCAGGUCGGUGAUGAAGUGAACGGCAUGGUUAUGGUCCGUUCGGCCGACAACCGCCAGGGUGUCUGUCCGGUCAAGUACUUGCAGGAGGUCUGACAACCGGAAGAGGAAAAACUCGACCGGGAUCGUGAUAAAGAGUAUCGACAGCAUACAGGAACUACCGGCAAGAGCACGGGGACAAGCACGACUGCAAAAUCUAGCCGAAAAGAAGCAGCAGCUGCUGCUGCUGCUGCAAGUGGGCAACGGCAUGAGAGCCGAGAGACAAAGGACCAAUGUCACGCCAGUGGCCAUCACUAUCACCGCGAGAGUCGCAACAACUUCCACAAAUCGUACGAUCGCAGCUGGGAGAAGUGGGAAAAGUUCCGGGAGAAAAAGAUGGAAAUGAUGAAGGCCCACAAGUACAACGUGGAGCACCGGCUAAAGUACGACAACCAGGAACGCAUUUUGUACCGACAUCACUUCAACUAUUAUCCAGUGAAGCGGCCACGGCCACGGAAAACUUCACUAGAGCCGAAUUGGUAUACGGAGAACAUCUAUUCGAAUCAAUCGAUCGACAAUUCGGACGGCGAGCUGGGCGUCGGGUUUGGACGGGGUGGGCCACACGGGUUGGGCGGCACUGGUGGGGGACGCGAUAUCAACGGUAACAUGAGCAUGGCCGGGCUGGAGGAUGACGGUAUCUUCACCAUCGACGGUCACUUCGAGCGUCGGCACAACUAUCCUAAAUCGAACAGUUGCUGCUUCGGCGUAAACCGAAUGCGGGACAUCGACGAGCUGGGCGACGGGCAGGAGCGCGAGGGGUGGGCUGAGCGGUGCCCAAAAAUCCCAAAGUCAUAUUCCUUCAGCACGUCGCGCAGCAUGGGCGUAGGUUUUAACAUGGCAAAGCUGUACAAUCGUAACAGCUUCGAGAUGCCGGAAUUUCCGAGCCACCGUCGCCGCAAUGGGGAAGGUGAGCGGGCGGUGGUACGGAUGUGUGAUCGGGAGGGUUGCUUUAACGAGACGUGCUUCAGCAAGGAUGAGAAAAACUUUUACAACAACAAUAAUCUACACAACAAUAACGUUAACAAUAACAGCAUUCAUAGCGCGAACAAUAACACUUACCGUCAUAACAACAGUAACAUCAUCAGCGAGUGGAACCUGCGCAAUCGGAACAAUCUGCGGGCCGGAGCAGGAGAAGGCGGCGAUGCUAUUGCACCACGGCCGCAGUACGUUAUGGAGGAGGACUUUGAUCUGUUCGACGAUGACGACGAGGAUGGCGAGAACGAGGAGGACGAAGAUGAGCGUGAUCGGGAUGAGCACGAGGAAAUAGAGAGCGAUCUUAACACGCUGUAUGCUGAGGAUCGUCACUCCAUCGCGUGCGGUGACUACGGUGGAGUGGCACGCGAACUGUACGGUCACCCAUCGCGCAUCGGUCCAGGCCACGUAGCCGAUCUAUACAGAGAUCGGCAGCGGUCGAAGCAACUGCUCCACGGUCGACUGGAUCGCCCGUCCAAAUUCGCCGACGUUGAGUAUACUGACAACUAUCGGCGAUCGUUUGAAGAUUUCUUCAACCAAAACUGCUGUAUCGAGCGUAACCAUCGGCAGCUGCAAGACGGCGGACGGUUUCUUCUCAAGGCACCUACCACUCCAGCGAAAAACAAAAGCAUGCUCGAGGUAAAACCACCCAACCGAUUCGAUGACACCUCCUCGGACUCGACCGACUUGGAGCUGGAGGAUUUCAACUUCGAUUUUGAGAAGUACUGGGAAGAGCUGGAAAAACCGUCUCCAACCUCCCCGAGCGAGCUGGAAGAGCGCAAAACGGCGGGUCGUAGUGCGAUGGCUGGAUCAGGAUCGGCUGCCGCACCUUCCAAGAAGGUUAAGAAUGUAAACCUGAGCCGAUGCUAUAACAACGGCACAGUUAUCGACAUCUAUCACGACGAUGAUCCGUAUCAUCGCGACCAUUACCACUACCGAGAGGGAGAUAUUGGUAAGUCGAACAAUCACAGCCAUAGUCAUCGCUAUCGAACCAACCAGCCUGGCAGAAGUAAGCUGUCGAAACAUAAAGUCUAUCCGGCAGAUCGUGACAAGCGGCUGUACGGAGAGCUGUUGGCAGAUGCCGGCCAUCAUCAUCAGGAGAAGAGAUCAACGACAGCGCCACCGCACGAAUCGACCAGUGCCAAGACGCUCGACCCAGCGGGGAAUACGAUCAGCGGCAACAGCAACGCGAUCAGCUUCCUGAACAACAUCUUUUCCAUCUACAAACCGAACAAGUACUCACCGCUGAACUGUCACGUCGAGCAGAACUAUCUGAAAAACAUUCCCGCCAAAAAGAUGAACAUUGUGGCAAGUUCGGCCGCCCGGCCGCUCGGUACCGGCACGGAUCGACAUCCGGCUGCGACCGGUAGCGACCCGUCCUCGACCAAGCGCCCGCUAACGGUGCAUCCCACAAAACCGUCCGUUGCGUCGAUCGCUACCGCAGCGCGACGCAAUGCCGCCCGGCCCGAGUCCACCAAGGACCCGCAGGCACGGUUCCAGAUCAUACCGGAGAAAACGGGCGUCAAAAUAUCGCCCCUCUACCGGCUCGACGCGCAGGACUAUCGGCGGGCGCGCUAUAAAUUGAAGAGCACUUCACGACCCCUGUCAUUCUGGUGAAAGUUGCUCGACUGUUCGUACUAUUCGGAUGGCCGGCUGGACGGGUUGCCAGUAGUGAAGAAGACGCGGCGACACACCAAAUAUCUCAAGUACUGAAUUCACACUCACACAAACACCUCACAUACCUGUCACAGAUCACAUCAGAUCACCAAGCACCACACACUCACACCGUUUGCAUCGAACAUCUGUUGCUCUUCCCAAAGUCGUCUCCAGCAAACAACUACAGAUUCCUCUAGAUUCCCGCAGACAGUCCACCAUCGAAUGAAACACCUGUUAUUGAAUGACGCCUUUUGCAGAAGAUGUGGGGUUUCGUGAACGGCCAGUAAGAUUCGAUGGGUGAUGAUUCCCACCCACACCCCUCGUACCCGAAUAUACCAAUUCCGCGUAUAACCCAAAACCCAAACCAAAGCAUAGCCGAAAGCGAUUGCCAUUUUAAUGACCGUACCGAUCCUGCAUCACGUCGCACACAAGUCGCAUCCGCAUCAUAUUGUUGUCUCAUCAUCAUUCGGUGUCUUUCGAUGUUCUUUGUAUCAGUGUACCAUUAUGUCAGUGUCCUCUAACGCCGGGGAAGUGGAGGAUGUAACCACCCUCCCCUAUUCCUAGUCACAAACAAGUCUCACUCAUCUGUUUCAUCAGUGUAAACUCUGCCACUACUCACAAAACAAACAUACAAAAUCGAUUUUGAUACAUUUUUCUCCCGCUGUGAGGGAGUGAGUUUUUAUAUGAGGUAAAACAAGAGGAAGAAGAGCAAGAAGCAAAAAGAAUUCCAGUUCGACACGACCGCAUCCGCAGACCAAAACAAGCGAAAUCAUUACAGGCAGGCUGGCACUAAAGGAGGUAGCAAACACAUCCUUUAAGCCAAAGUUUGAUAGGAACCAAUCCCUGGUCCUGGACACAAGCGCACCCACAUCUUUGAUAUUGACAUUUGCACCGCAAGACUAGUUUGGAGAACCUGUUUUUUGGGGGAAGUUUUUGUCAAAAGAAGCCUAGGAACAAGAAAGGGGUUGUCUAGUAUCCAACUGGAGUACAAUACAGUUCACACUUGUGUGUUUUUGGCAUUCGAGUCCCCGAUUGUUUGUACGAUGGUAUAAUUUUCCUGUUACUGUUAGGUAGAGUUUCAAAAGUAAACGAACAGAGUAACAUUCCGCAAAACAAACAAAAAACAAUACAAAAACGAACAUACUACUUGCUUAACGGAUCUGUAUCUGCGCUCACAAUGUUGUACCAUGUCUAACCAGACCGAUUUUAACAUUUGAAGCAUAGAAUUUUGCAAAAACCAAACACAUCAAAGGGCGCAAGCCAGCAGUGUAAUAUCUAAUAUCCAUCGUUACCUGUACAUACCCACCCGUGUUACGUUACGCUCAUUAGGAAAUUUUAAAUAUCUCAAAACCGGAACGAAAUGGUUGAGCCUUUUUUCCGUGCUACUAGAAUCUUUCCAAAAAUAUCAACUACUAAUCAACCUGACAUCUGCUGCGUCACACAAGUCAUUGUUGGUGUACAAUGGCAAGAUGGACAUACAUUUUGUACAUUAAUACAUACAGAGUCUUCAUAGUCCAUUGCGAACAGACACACUCAGUUGCAAUAGUACAUACUGAGUACACAAGCAGACAUUCAUACAUUAAGUCAUUUUUGCGCACAUUUUGACGCCCUACUGUAGAGAAGAUUAAUCCUCUUAUAGCUGCCCUAUAAUAGUCUCUGUAGCUAGUACAAGUCGACACCUUCCUAACUUUUCUCUAGGUUUCAGAUAGUUCCGGAUUUAGCUUAGCUUUCAUUCAAUCUAGCCUUAGUUUGCCAAACUUCUGGAGUAGUUUCAAAGGUUGAAUUUGAUACACUCUUAGUGAAAGCUCCUUUUUCCCAUUUCCUUAGGCUGCACAGUAGACGGUGAAACUGUGAAAUGGCUUUCGAGCGUUGCAAUGCCUCCCGCUCCCACUACCACGUGUAGAAAUAAAACGGACUAUCCUUCGCCACCAACGCUUUGAAAAGCGUUUGAACAAGGAGACAGAGAAAAUCCCUUUGUGAUAGUGUUCCGAUUAGGGUCCAUACACACACACACCUCCGAGCCGUGCAAGUCGUGCUCUCCGUGCUCCCCCCUUCCCCAUUUCGCCAAACCAACGACCACUUCCACUAUAUACUGGAACGAUAGAAUGGCAUUUAUCAGCGGCCAGUGCAAGAUUUGCCCGAAUACUACGAACGCGGUAAAACAUGUAGAAGAAUUUUCUAUACCACUAUCAUGUGCACUGGUAGCUAAUCUCAAAAAAAGACUCCAACUUCUGAGCCACAGGCUUAAUUGGCAGUUCCUACAAAGAACUGUUUGUUAAGUUAGGCGCUCUUGAGUUAAGCUACUGUGCAUAUUAUAGUAGUAAGGAAAGUUCACUAAUACAAUAGUGCAUUAGAAAUGGUAUUCUUGGUUCAACAACUUAUUCAAUCGUGUUAUCAAAUACUAGCAUAUCCGAUGUUGGUAUUGAUAAAGCGGGAACUAUUCACCUGUCAGUAUCCGUCGAAGGAUGUCUUAAGGGGAUGUGCUGUUAUUUUACAAAUGACUUCCAUGUGAGUUGUGAGCGAAAGAGUUACCUUAAUUGCUUGGCUCACCUGAAUUAGUGCGUUGUGUACUCCUGAGCGAUGAGCAUUGAGUGUGUCUCUUAAGUGUGCAUACUUUGAUGGCUAUAGAUUAAUGAACCAUUUAAAUUUAUUGUAUUUUCUGUUAAAUGAAUUCAUUCAAGCAAUGUGAUUUAUCUAAAAAUCAGAAAAACACAUAAUGGCAAAACAUAUAUUUUAUCUAAAACAUCAGAAAAAACAGUUUAUGAUGAUUAAUUUAAAUAAUUGAUUUUUCCAUCUUCCAUUGAAUGUGUUAUGAUUUGCAAAUUUAUAACGGAGAUUAACAUUACCAUGAUAUUCGCAUCACUCACCUGCUCGCGCUCAUUUCGCUCGGCCAAAAGAGGUACAGCGUCCCAAAGAGAAGUCUGAACUAAUUUGCGAAAGCAAAUAGCAGCUAUCCGUUGCUGUACAUUUUGAGUUAAGAUUUUUUGUUCGCACAAAACAGUGAAUCUUGUUUUGUUACAGGCUAUCAAUAGUAAGCAGCCUGCUGACUUGCUGACCAAACAGUAGCUUACAUCAGUACAGUACAGCAUUAACAAAAGGAGCUUUCAAGCGUUUCUUACAUAACUCAUUAAAUUUAGUAGUAACAGCUAUAGCUAACUAAAAGUACGAUACAUAGAACAAACUACAUAGAUACACCACAGAAUCGUAGUGAAGUGCUGUAGCCAGAAGCGCUGAAGAAGCGUUUGCAAUGCCGCGCAACAUUGCCACCUAGCGUUAUCCUUACUAGAGCUUCUAAUAUUGUUUCAGCUGGUAGUGAAGCUGCCAGAGAGCUUCUAUUAAACCGUUCACUAAAACGUAUAUUACUGGUUGGUAGUAUUUCUAACCGCCUGCUGCACCCUACGGUAACGUUAUUUGGGUGCGUUCACACCCCAGUGUUUUUCCUCAACUUGUAGCAAACCUUUUGUUAACUUAGCUAAAUGUGUAUGAAGGUUAACUUAGAACGAAUGGUUUUUGAUCUUCCGCCUACCAUGGUGUCAGUGGUGAUAAGCGUACGCAGCUCAACCACAGGUUUGUUUGAUUUACUAGCGAAUGAACGUUAUGCCGCAUUUCUUUCUUAUGGUGCAUCGCUGUAAGCGAACCGAUUGUUGUUCCACCUGUUCCAGGUGUACAGCUUACGGAACGCUUUUCACAGUCGAUCGAUGUAGACGAACCCUUACUUAUCCGGUAGCGAUCUUAAGGGGUAGAAGUGUCACCUCGAUUUAUCCAUUUUUUUCUCUCUUCAUCCCCCUCCGAUCACAUAGUAUUUUAUUGGGAGCCAUUUCGUCAUGGUAGAAGAAAGGAACGUCAUGGAUAAAACAACACACAGUACCAGAGCUUACAGUAACCGUUUGUAUCCCAUACUGGGGGGGGGAGGCAGGUACGCUCCAUUUUUAUUCACGUACCAGGCAACUCUCUACUUAACUAUAUACCGAUAUACGCGUAAUAGGAUACUCUCAUGUAGAAAAACGCACCAAGCCUAAAAUAAAAUAAUAAAAAAACGCGAUGCGCACUAUGGACGGUGGCAACCAGUAGUAAUACACGCAUAUAAGCCCCGCCUCAUUUUCCCCAAAUCCAUCCUCACGUCACUAGCGCACCAUGAUGUCACACUUAGUAGCAGAAGUAGUACACACGCAAACAGGAAGCUUCAUCCGUUAUCAUUGUUUUGUUAGGGCAUACGGGCCGUCGGUAGUAAUGCACCUACAUUAUUGGGUUUACAAACUAUUGUUGAUGCGGUUAACGGGAAAGUUGAACCAUGUUUGGCCCCUCUUAUACACGCAACAUGCAACUUAAACCCCCCCCCCCCAACCUAUACUAAUGAAUGUGAUGUAAAUUAAGCUCUUAGUAUACCGUAACACAAGCAAGCACAUACUUACAACAGUCAACUGCAAGUACCAUGUACGUUUGGACAAUUAUAAUUGGCCGUACAGUACAGUGGACGAAGCACAUUUAUGUAUGUGUGUGCGUGUAUUUAGUUGGCUGUAACACUUGAAUUGGAGCAGUGGAGUGAACAGAUCCUUUUAUCACGUUUUCACAUAAACACUACAUCUGGCUUCGGUCUUCGUUUAUCGCGCCAGUUUUAGCAACACGAAGAUGGCGGAUGCGCGUCUGGACGCAACGCUGCGUUGAUUUAGCUUUACACACACAGACAACACACACAUUGAUACAUUGUUCCGAUAGGUUUAAGCAAACCGUAAAUUAUCAUUCCGUUAGCCCAUACAGCUGAUUCGUUUCGAUCAAUUUACCGUGCGCAGACAGAGAUUAUCGCUCUUAGUGAAGCAGCAGUAGUAGCAGGUCUAUCAACCCCUUCACAUUUGCCUUAUCGAGAGCACAUGAACGCGACAAAAUGGAGCCAUUUAGUAGCGAAGAGGGUGCCUCUUAGUUAACGCACGAUAUGUGCAAGUUGCGUGUUGCCCCAUUCCCGAUCGGAAAGCGGCCGUGGCCCCUCUUGCAGUGUCUAUCUAUAACACGAAUUGUUACACAAACUUUGUUGAACGAAUGAUGAUUUUAGAAAAGUGGUUUUGUUUAUUCGUUUUCCAUUGUGCAUUGCAUUGCAGCCCUAUUACACAACAAAAACUGUAUGUGAUAAACUAAUGGUUAGAGCAUAAUGUUGAUGAUGAUUUACCGAAAAGGAUAAUGGAUGCAGCCCUGGCGCGAUGUAAAAUGUAGUUCGUAACACACACACACACACACAUACUCACGUUGGUAGUCUACGAGGGUUAGGAGGAAGGUAGCGUCGGCACAAAGCAAAAAUAAAGCACUACAACAACCCCACUACCACCGUGCUUGCACCGUGUGCCACGUGCAAUGUUUUAAUGUAAUGUCCCCCGUCAAUGAUGUUUAUAGCGAGAACUGGAUUUGUGUGGGUGUGUGUGUUGAGGAGUGUUUAGUACCCAUACUGGAACGAUUGCCUAGCCUUUCGAAAUAAUGCAUAGUAAAUGGUGGCAGUAGAGGACGCUGUUGUAGCGGGUUGACGUAGAUGUACUGUAACACAGCGUAAUGCAACCCUUCCCCAUUAGUAGGAUGUGGUGACAGCAGCAAGAACAUUUUAAAUGUGGCAACCUAAAACCUAAAAAACAACACAACACUAAAACAAAAUAACAUACAGCGAUGUGUUACGAUGUGUUAUGAUUGUGUGGUAGUAAUUGUUAGUAGUGCGAACCUCGAAAAGGGAAAACCCCAUUCUCAUAUGUUUCAAACAUACGCCCAUGCCCAUACACGUACGCACCGUAUCAAAUCAUACCCAUCAAUGUACUAACACCGUUCACUUUCGAGAGAACUAUACUGUAGAACUGUGCAAUCAUCAAUCACAAUCAGAGAAAAAACUCCACCAUAAAAAAACUGGACAAAGCUGGAAUAAAGAACACGAACCAAAGGAUAUAUGUAAGAGAUUCUGUUACUGUCAAUGGAUCUGUUUCACUGUUACAUAUAAGUUUGCCGUAUAAACCAUCCCAAAUUGAAUACUGAAUUCAAUGCAAUUUGCCUAUUAAAAGUGCUGAUUCUGAGCUAAUUAAUUCUUCCCCCGGCGGCGAGCAUUAAAAUAUGUUUCAAAAAGAGUUAUAGCUUAAAGAAUAACAUUAUUUAAGACAUAUUUACAUUUUGUGAAUCAAGUUAUCUAAAGAAGUAACACAAAUACCAGUAGAUGCAGCAUGGUUUUGUGUGGCUAGUUUUGGAAAGCAAGUGUUCCGUUGAUACAAAGAAACAGCUCACCAUAAAUCUUACAAGUGGUCCACACCCAGACGGACCACAGGAUAGUCAAGAAACAGAAAGGUAUAAAACAAUCUGUAUAAGUAUUGAAUUCUUGCGCAAUAUUUUAACGACAAUUCAGCUCUUAGUAUGAAUAAUUUUCAAGAAAAUAGGCAAAUUAAUGAACAAACACUCUCCCACACGUGCACGUCAUAAGCGUAGGGUGUGAUACAAUGCGCAAGGUGUGUAACUAAAAGAACAUAGUUGUGUAAUUCCACAUUUUCAUGCAAUAACAUACCCACACACAGUCAAACACACACUCUCUAUCAGUAUCAUCAUCACCCAGGCAGAGAUCAUAUCACGAUCGUGACAGAAAUAAAAUUCUUUUUCCACGCCUUUUCA